UUACAUCAAUCUAAUAUAUUAUAAUGUAUAAUAAUAAAUUAUAUAUUAUUAUAUAAUAAUGUAUAAUUAUAAUGUAUAAUUUUUCUCUUAAUCUUGUUUUUCUGCAGUCGUUUUAAUAACGUCGUUAAAAAUUUUUCGUUCGGUCAUAUCUCACGUUGCGGCGAUAUCAAGAAAACGUGACGUUAGCCAAGGCAAGAUGGUGCAGAAAAUGUUUGACGAAACGAGGCAUGAAUAAUACCAACGCGACUAUUCACGAUAUUUUAUCAGGACGCCGGUCGAUCUCCUUGUCCAUACCCGUCGCCGGCGGCAUCAUACUCGCGAUUAUACUUUGCACUUGCUGCUGCACCCUGUUCGUGAGAAACAAGUGUGCGAGAAUCGUUGACAAGCUGACAGGGAGACGGAAAAAGGAAAAGUACUUCUCUCCCGAUAUCGAGGAGGGACGAAAGAAGUUGCGGAAAAAGAGGAAGAGACCCGUGUCGCCGGAGUUGGCACCCAUCACGACGGAAGUCACCGCGCCGAUCAUCCCCAAAGAGCCGGAGAGGUUGGACGACGACGCGUCACCGAUCCCCUGCUACAAAUGUUACAGGAAGAAGAAAAAGGGACGGAGGGCGAGGAGGCAGAUACGAUGAGAGGAAGGUUAAUUGAUAAAGUGAACGAGGCAACGAAAAAUGAGACAUCUUUCUGAAUUAAAGAGAAAUAAAAACACACGUGCACAUGCGAUAGCAGAAUGAUGGUCUUUUGUUCUCGUCUGCGCGACUUUCUAUCUUCCUGCGACAUCUCGUUUGAAGAAAAAAUGCGAACGAUCGGUAUUUACGUUACGAUCAUUGCGACAAUUUUCGUCUUAAGAGUCCGCGGUACGAUAGACGUGAAUCUCAGCGAACUGGAGUAUCUCGCGGCUCGAUUGGAUCCGUUCGAGUGCAGGCGACUGAUCGCCGCGCUUCAUUACACGACUUACGACCUGCCAAAAAACUUGGCCGCGGCAGAGCGUAAGGUGGACGAGGAGAUCCCAUGUCUGCGUCAACUGCUCCAUUGGAAUAGCGCGCCCGGGGAGGGCCGAGGCAAGACGCACGCGGUGAUUAUACAUCGACUUCGACAGCUGAAUCGCAAUGAUCUAGCCGAUUGGCUCGGCAAAACCGCCUUCAAACAACUGGGAAAGGAUCUGGACAAUGCUAUUACGCUGUCCUUCGACGGGCUCGCUGAGGAAGAAAUGGAAACCAGCACCCUGCUCACGACUGAAUCUGUUACUUGGACUCGAGAGGAGGAAGAUACGUGGUCACCAAUCGAUACAAUUCUCAUGGCAGUCGUGCUUGGAUUGGUAGGAACGCUAUUUGUUUUAAUUGUGGCCGUUAUCAUACAUACCGUCAAAAGCAAUAAAAAUUAAACACCGCGUGUAUGUUCUUCCAUUUUCUUGAAGUUUACCUGAAGCUUGUAAAAUAUAAAUAUCUCUAUGUUAAAGAAUAAAUUAAUGAAAGAAAUGUUCUUCUUUAUUCUCAUCUUGUUAAAUAGCACCUCCUGUUUUGUUGAUGCAAAUGAAAGCGUAUUACAAAAUUUUUAAAAUCGCAAUGUUUUAUUCUGUGUCAUUAAAAAAAAAAAAAAAGGAAAGCAGUCUUGUUAUCUUCGAAAAAAUGGACGGUAGAUAUAGAAUUGCUUUUAUUACAAUAUAAAUCUCUUAAAGCGAAACAUUUUUCUCUUGAAUAAUUUCCAUUUAAGGCAGUUAGGAAAGAAGUUAUAAUAUGUGAAUGAGCAACUUUUAAUCACUCCGUAUUCUUGUGUAAAAUUUUUCAAACACGAUACGAAUAUCUAUAUGAAAAAUAUACAUAACGAAGCUGUGCCAUGCAAAUUAUUCAUGGGGCCGUCCUCAUAAACAUUUAAAGCCUUAACAUUUUAACCGCCAGGUUUUAACUGUGUAAUUCUUUUAGAAAGAAUCAUGGGAAACACGAUUAAAUCUUAGUCUCAUUUUCAGCUAAUUAUGUAAAUGAUUCAUGCGCAUAAAUACAAAGAGUCGUGUGAAUACGAUAUUGAAUCGUAAUAAUACGCUACUCAAUGAUGUCAAUAAUAAAAUAUAUUAACGCGCGCGCACGUGUGUGAGUGUGAGUGUGUGACAAUGACCAUGGCAAUUACCAUCAUAAUGACUGACAAUGAUAAUGAUAAUAAUAAUAACAACGAUAUGACAAUAGCGCGCGCCACGUGGCGACAAGUGUUAUACUAAUAACAGCGGUAAUAUCGACUGUGAACUUUCUUACGACUUAUGACUUCGAGACGUAAAACUGCGACUGAAUAAUUAAUCUAACUAACAGUAACAUGCAUCUGUAUGAACGUUAUGAUAAUUACGAAACUAAUAAAUCAAUUGCAUUUGAUUUGCUGCAAAUGUACAGUGAAUAAAUUUCAACGUAAUCGUUA